AUGGCCAUAACCAGCGAAUACGUGAACCACGUUUCGUUCGACGACUUAGCCCCGUCUUUUGUGGCGGACAACCAGCCACUUCUGACCCGUCACAAGGCUGGCCACGAAGUGGACUUCAAAAACCCGUUUUUGCAGGUUUCUGAUCUUACAGGGAUUGACCGCGCGGCGCGCAGCAGCUUGUCUAAUUUGGAUAUAUCCGGCAGCUUCAAGACUUUAUCGCGAGGCUCGAGCACCUACGCCCAUGAAUCAGCUCUAAGGUCACCCAGAUCACCAAACUCGUCCACCAAAAGCGGUUCGAAUACCCCUAGUCGAGAUUCGCCUCAGGCUGAAAGACGGUCGAUCUUGCGGAAACGGGAAUUCAAGGCCCAUGAGGACAUCAAAGACUUCGAUUUGACAGAGGUCGAUUCCCAGCAAGAGUACCAAAUCAAUACUGUGACCGACAAAAACACUCAGGAAAACUCUGGCUGCUCGCACGGCUACACCACCUCUGCGUUCACGAACCUGAACGAAGUGGAAGACAAAAUCAUGCGUCAAGGCCAUAACGGGCAAAAAGCGGCCCCCAAGUCGCACAGGAAAAGCUUUGCAGGGAUGAGCGAUGCAGAGCUUGCUGAUCUGGAAAAGAAAUACGAGGCGGCCUCCAGAACCAAUUAUGACGUGAAGCAAUUCGAUUUCGGUGAACAGGAACAGCUUUACAUCGAGCCUGACAACUCUAGGCCUAUUGGCCCGGGAAAUCAGUGGCCGCAAACAAUUUAUCCAUCUAGGCCUUGUGUUAAUCACAAGGCUUUAACCAUCACCAAGGAGCAUCGCGAUUUCAGCUCGUACGUGCAGGAGCACCGACACACAGAAGAUAAAGAAUGUCUUCGGACCAUGGUUUGUGCCAUCUCAGGCAGAAGACACACUUGGUCUGCGGUGGACUGGUACGUGAAAAACCUAGCUCAAGAUGGAGAUCAUUUGGUGAUCGUCACUAGAGUUCCCAAAUUUGAAGAACUCGCAAAACAGACCACCAGUUCGCGAACUUCCCUCUUGGAUGGAUACGACUUCAAAAAUGACAAGAUCAAGAGUCCCCCUGUGAGUCGAAGACCGAGUACAUCUGAUUGCGAACUGGCAGGGCUGGAAAUCGACGCCUUAGCCCGCUCUAAGUGUCAAAAGAUGCUAUUGUACUACCUCGGUAAGCUUUCAGGGAAAGUGAUGAAAGUCACGGUGGAGCUUAUCAAAGAUAACUCCACAACAUAUGCUUUGACGUCAGCCAUUGCCUUGUAUAGGCCUGAUUUCAAAGUUGUUAGCACCGUGAGCACAAAUUUGCACAUUAAAUUCAAGAAUGGCCACGUAAAGCUCCCCAAUUUCUUAAUGCGACAUUUCUGGGUCCCCACAUAUGUCAUUCCUUAUGAAUUUAUCGACCCAGCACUGCUGGGAGAAAAAGUGGAGGAGACUCGAAGAAAUGUUUCUUUCCAACCCAACAUGACAGACGACCAAGUCACUCGAAAUAUAGACAAAAUCUUAUCGAGAACCUUCACAAAUCCAUACGGACCCAAAGACGGACCAAAAAAAUCAGAAACAGAUACAGAAACUGGUAGUGUGGACUCAUAUUUCCCCUUGGACCCUGAGACAAAACGCAAACUGGAGGAGUUUGAACGGGUUGGGUACUUGAGACCUGUUCCAACUCGCAGAGACUGUGAUUUGUCGAAGCAAACGUCCUUCGCAAGCUCCAAAUCCAGCCGACGGAGCUCUCGAGUACAGUUUAGCGGCAGCGACAACAACGGGAUGUAUAAAGUCAAAUCUUUGAUAGACUAUGACGAUAAAGACGGAGGCAGUGCUAAGAAGACGAAAUCGAUUGCCUCGACUCACAGCAAUGGUAAGCCCUCGUCAGCGAGAAAACCGCCAAGCACUAGACGAACCAAAAGUAUGGAUACUGUUCCGGCGACAGAAAACAAGAAGAAGGGCGGAAAGUUGGGCGAUUUCUUUCGAAAGAUAGGGCUCGGCAAAUAG